CUAACCGCCUAGCAGCCUCCGCCCCCAACCACUCACCCAUUCAAAAGGCUAAAGCUGCUGCAACCAGCAGCGGUAGUAAAACCCUAACGACCUCGACGAAAGUGACAACCCCCAAAUUCUCGACUCUACCCAAACACUCUCGUCGUCGUCACUCGAUUUCCGUCGCACCCUAAAAUCUUCUGUUUCUUAUCCUUCACGAAGAUGUGGAGGUCGUGAAUCGUGAUCACUUGUACCGCUUCUUGGGAACGAAGAACUUCAUACGAGAAACUGUAUUCAUGGGCAAGACUGGAAUCCAAUUGUUCGACGAUACGAGGAAUGGGUUUUUCUCUGUAUCCGAUUUGGGAUCCGAUUGGAGCAGCCAACAGAACCCAAACUACCGGCCAGUUGGUGGAUUGUUCGCGAGUGUUAAUCAAUUAGGAACUGGAUUCGGGUCAGGACUUGGGUCCGGAUCUAUUUCGUCUCCGGAUCCUCCCAACAGAGAUAACAAUAGUAGCUUCAGUGCUCAGCUUAAUGAUCUGUGCACAAAGUACUUACCUUUUAAAGAUGAGGAGGAGGAAGAAGUUAUUGGUGAGAAACGGAAGAAGAAGAAGAAAGGAGGGUUGAAACUGAAGCUUAAGAUUUCUAAUCCUUCGUUGCGGCGGUUAUUAAGUGGAGCUGUGGCUGGAGCGAUUUCGAGAACGGCGGUGGCUCCUUUGGAAACUAUUAGGACUCAUUUAAUGGUGGGAAGUGGUGGCGACUCCACCACUGAAGUCUUUCGUGAUAUCAUGAAGCAAGAAGGAUGGAAAGGUCUCUUCAGGGGCAAUUUGGUCAAUGUGAUUCGUGUAGCACCCGCUCGUGCCGUUGAGCUUUUUGUAUUCGAGACAGUUAACAAGAACUUGACUCCAAAGCUCGGAGAACAGUCAAAAAUCCCCAUUCCAGCUUCGUUGCUCGCGGGGGCCUGUGCUGGGGUUAGCCAGACCCUCUUGACAUACCCCCUUGAACUAGUCAAGACCCGCCUUACAAUUCAGAGAGGUGUAUACAAGGGAAUAGUGGAUGCUUUUGUCAAAAUAAUAAGGGAGGAAGGACCGACUGAACUUUACAGAGGUCUUGCCCCGAGCCUUAUAGGAGUGGUUCCAUAUGCAGCAACAAACUACUUCGCCUAUGACUCCUUAAGAAAAGCUUACCGUAAGCUGGUGAAGCAAGAGAGCAUUGGAAAUAUCGAGACUCUUUUGAUAGGCUCUUUAGCUGGUGCGUUAUCAAGUACCGCAACUUUCCCCUUGGAGGUUGCUCGGAAGCAUAUGCAGGUGGGAGCAGUCGGUGGGAGGGUGGUUUACAAGAACAUGUUGCAUGCUUUGAUCCGCAUACUCGAGCAAGAAGGUGUUGCAGGUUGGUAUAGAGGGCUUGGACCGAGUUGCUUGAAGUUGGUUCCUGCAGCUGGGAUCUCCUUCAUGUGUUACGAGGCAUGCAAGAAGAUACUCGUUGAGAACAACAACGAGGAAGCCUGAGCUCUAUCGUUACAACUCACAUGAGUACUUUUGGCUUUGGUCAGACUAACACGAUGGCUCUGGUUAACCAAAUUAGGUCAUGGUUGAUGAUUCCGCAAGCAUAUGAGAAUAGCGUUGUGCCAAUUGAGACUUCACAUUCACACAAUUCAGAAGAUUCGAGUUUAAAAAUUUUGGGCGGGCACAUUAUUGAUUCAUUUGGAACUUAACAUCCAAAAGAUUCAUGUGUUUUUUUUUUUUUUUUGCUUUGGUUCCUGUUUCGUUUUCCGGAUCUGUCAUAGUUUUAUUUUAAUUCUUUUUGUUGGCUCAAAUAAGUUUAAAUUACAGUGUCUAGAAUUUAGACCCGUAAAGAACCAGAACUUUUUCAGAAAAAAGAAGAAUUAAAGACGGAUUAUAUACA